AUGGCAUCAUUUGAGGCGACCAUUAGCCUGAAUAACUCUCGGGCAGCGUUCAUCGAACGCGUUUACAAGGAGCUGCUCACAGAAGAGGCGAAAAGCCUCACAAUCUCCAAUCUCCAGGGUAAACUCGAGAUCCUGGAGACCUACUGGGAAAAGUUCGAGAGCACUCAUGAGAAGCUCAUCGCUGGCAGCGGCAAGAUCGAAGGGAUCCUUGAAUUGCCGUACUUCAAGGACCAUCGGUUCGACAUUACUAUCGGGCAUUAUCAUGAGGCAAGGGGUAUUUUAAGCCAGCUCAUUGAUAAAAGGGGGAUCUCAGGUUCAUCUCGUCGGUCUCUCGCGUCUGGGACGGCUCAGCCCACAUACUCCAAGCGUUAUCUCCCUGAGAUUUCUCUGCCCAAGUUCGGAGGGGCCUAUGCGGACUGGCGCUCGUUCCGCGAUCUUUUCGCGUCUCUGGUCGGCUCGAAUACGGAUCUAUCCAACGUGGAGAAGAUGCAUUAUCUUCGUACUAGUCUCUCAGGGGAGCCAGCUCAACGCAUCGCGAAUCUUACGAUCUCGGAUGAGUCAUUCUCGAUUGCAUGGGAACUGCUCUUGUCUCGCUACGAGAAUAAGCGACUGCUCAUUUCAGCUCAUUUGGAACACCUCCUCAGUCCCCCAACCAUGACUUCUCACAGUGCCAAAGAGCUCAAUGCCCUGCUCACUGUCACCUCUGAGGCACUGAACGCUCUGGAGGCUCUCGGCUCCCCAACCUCCCAGUGGGACCAGGUGAUCGUACAUACGGUCUCGCAACGGCUCAGCUCAAAGCUUCGUGAAGCCUGGGAGGUCAAGGUCGGUUCAUCGGCGGAGUAUCCUUCAUACAAGGACUUCAAGGAUUUCCUCACUGGGAGAGCUCGCGCGAUGGAGAGCAUCGAGAUUAACUCGGUUCCUCGUGCUCCUGCCACAAAGCCCUCCAAUGUCAGCUCAUCCAAGCAGUCGACCGCUGCGAAGGUUCACCACGGCACCGCUCAACCACCACAAAAAUCGAGGCCAGCUCCCAAGUCCGCUCCAUCGGGGAAGGUCACGUACCCGUGCUCGAUGUGUGAGGCAGACCAUUACCUCACAUCCUGCUCAUCCUUCCGUCAACUUUCGGUAUCAGCUCGUAGGGAGGUAGUAGAGCGUCGCUACCUCUGCUACAAUUGCCUUGGUCGGCACUCGGUGAGGGACUGCAGGUCCAAGACCAAGUGCCAGUAUUGCGGGGGCCUCCACCACUCGAUGCUCCACAACCAGCCAUCGAGUCAGCCUCAACGUCCAGCUCAGCAGAGGCAACAGACCAACUCAACCCAGCAAAAGGCCGUUCCGGUGGUGACCUACACCCACGAAAACGACAUCCCCAUGGUGGUGACUGGUCACCAUUCAGAUUCCGGAUCCGCUCAAGACUUCCGCCCUGGGGUCCUUCUGGCUACCAGCCUUGCGCUUUUGGUACGCCCAGAUCAGCCAGCUCAUCAGGUUCGUCUACUCAUCGAUCCAGGGUCGGAAAUCUCCGUCAUCUCAGACCAGCUCGUUCGUCAGCUUGGGCUGUUAAGGCUCAAGACACAGCUACGAAUAUCGGGGAUUGGAGACACGGCAUCUGGGCCGGCAUUAGGCAAGGUUCGGCUCACAAUACAGUCCACUUGCUCUCACUUUCAGCUCAGAGUUUCUGCCUAUGCUCUCGGCCAGCUCACAACCUCAUUACCGACAUUCUCACCAAGUCAGCUCACAUGGGAUCAUCUGGAAGGACUCCAGCUCGCUGAUCCCGAUUUUCUCACACCAGCACCAAUUGACAUCCUUCUUGGCGCUGAUGUCUAUGGACAACUCAUCUUACCACAAGUCAUCACCAAUGGACCAAACUCACCAUCGGCUCAGCUCACGCGACUUGGAUGGAUCGUAUUCGGACCAACGGAAGGUCCUGAUACUACUCAAGUAGCAACUUCUCAUCUAACGGUCACCAACGAGGAUCUCAACGAACUGCUCACCAAAUUCUGGAUCCAGGAAGAGAUCCCUGGGACACCAGAGGUUCAGCUCAACGAGGAGGAAGCGCAGUGUGAGGAACACUUUCAACGGACCCACUCACGAGAUGCAUCUGGCCGCUACAUUGUUCGGAUACCGCUCAAAUCUCCAGUUUCCUCGCUAGGAGAUUCACGAUCGUCUGCACUCGCUUGCCUCCAUCGUCUGCUCAGGAAACUCUCACGUGAUGAGGUUUAUCGUCAGCUCUACACGGACUUCCUCAGGGAAUAUGAAGAGCUCGGCCACAUGCGUCGAGUCUCCGGACAGCUCGCUAGAUCAGCUCAUCAGCGCCAGCUCAAUGGGGGGGGGGGCACGGGCACCGAAAUGACCUUAGCACAUGAGGCCUCGGCUUCAGGAGGGUUGAGGGUUUCGGGCCGUCCGUGUUCUUCUCGGGCUGACGCUCCUCCGGAAUAUUUCUUCCCUCAUCACGGAGUUCUCAGGGCGAGCAGUGAGACAACGAAGCUCAGAGUUGUUUUCAACGGCUCCAACAAGACCAGCUCAGGACAAUCGUUGAACGAGAUUAUGCACACGGGUGAGAAGUUGCAGAAGGAUAUCUCGGAUGUACUUCUCUUUUCUCGGCGGAAACGGCUCAUUUUCAUGACGGACAUAACCAAGAUGUUUCGUCAAAUUCGGGUACAUCCGGAAGAUUGGCCACUCCAACAAAUACUCUGGACCGACUCAAACGGAGAUAUCGCCACCUAUCAACUCACCACGGUCACAUAUGGCACUAGGUCAGCUCCGUUCCUCUCAAUGCGUGUUCUUCAUCAGCUCGUUGAGGAUGAAGGAUCGAACUAUCCUCUCGCUGUGGAACCGCUCAUGAAAGGACGAUAUGUUGACGAUAUCUGCGGGGGUGCUGACUCAGAUGAAGAGCUACUCAGGACCGCUCAUCAGGUGACACAGCUCUGUCGGUCAGGAGGCUUUCCGCUAGCCAAAUGGCACUCAAAUAGCCCAGCUCUACUCACAUCUCUUCAACCUGACAGCACCUCUCAAGAACAACGAUUCAUAGAGGACUCACUCACCAAGAUUCUAGGGGUUUCUUGGCAUCCUGGAACGGACAACUUCAAGUUCUCCGUCACUCAGCCUGAGACCAGCUCAAUAACGAAGAGAAUCAUUUUAUCGGAAACGGCUCAACUCUUCGAUCCACUGGGUUUCCUAGCGCCAGUGGUCAUACGAGCGAAGAUAUUGCUCCAGGCUCUAUGGAUCGAGAAACUGGGAUGGGACGAACCAGUUUCCCAGACAACUGCUCAACGAUGGAGCCAAUUCAGGGAGGAGCUCACACAGUUAUCAGAGAUCACCAUACCUCGGUGGCUUGGACUGCUCACGGAUUCCGUCGUCGAAGUACACGGUUUUUCCGACGCAUCACAAGUGGCGAUGUCAGCCGUGAUCUAUCUCAAGGUUCUCAACAAGGGAAAAUCACAACUCACAUUGGUUUGCUCAAAAACGAAGGUCGCACCGCUCAAACGGCUGACAAUCCCACGACUAGAACUCACUGCGGCUCUCCUCCUGGCCAAACUGACUAAGUACGUCAAGGACCAACUCAAUCUCACGAACGCCACCACCUAUCUCUGGACCGACUCAUCGGUCACGCUCACGUGGAUCAGCUCACACUCCUCAAGAUGGAAGGAGUUCGUGAAAAAUCGGGUGGCACUCAUCCAGGAGCUCACUCAGCAGGCUCAUUGGAGAUUGGUACCGGGCAAGGAGAAUCCUGCAGACUGUGCAUCUCGAGGUCUAUCAGCGCACCAACUGGUAUCUCAUAAGCUCUGGUGGAAAGGGCCACCAUGGCUUCAUCAAGACUGCUCAUCAUGGCCAACUCACGCUCUGGAAAAAGACCUCAGCGCAGACCUCGAGGAAAAGCCAGGAGUUCUCCUACAUGUAAAAGCUCAUCCAAUCGCGCUCUGGAAUCUCGUCGACAGAUUCUCAUCGUUCAACCGACUGCUCAGGGUCACAGCAAUCUGUCGACGAUUCAUAGCUCGGCUCAGGAAAACCCCCAACUCUUCUCUUCGAUACCCGCUCACUCUUGGUGAUCUUGAAGAGGCUCGCAUCCUCUGGAUCAAACUCACGCAGGCAGCUCACUUCAAGGAUCAACUCAGAGCGAUCUCACGAGGGGAAAGGUUCAGCAAAUCCCACCCCCUCACCAAGCUCACACCCUUCAUCGAUCGCCAAGGGGUAUUGAGGAUAGGAGGACGGCUCAAGUUUGCUCACAUAGGCCCGGAGAGCCGGAACCAAGUGAUUAUUCCGAAGGAAUCUCAACUGGCUCAGCUACUCAUCGGACAGGCUCAUCUAAGGACACUCCACGGAGGCACACAGCUCACCCUCAGGCAGCUCAGAAGUAGCUACUGGAUACUCGGAGGUCGAGCACCAGUACGCUCCUUCAUCCUCAAGUGCGUUAACUGCACUCGCCAACGUGGAGUACGCGCUCAACAGCUCAUGGGCCAGUUGCCACCAGCCAGACUCACUCCCGCUCGAGCCUUUCUCAACACUGGGAUCGACUAUGCCGGCCCAGUGUCUCUACGGUCCUGGAAAGGGCGGGGACACAAGUCGUACAAAGGCUGGUUGGCUAUCUUUGUCUGCAUGACCACCUCAGCGGUCCAUCUCGAGGUCGUGUCAGACUACUCAGCCGAGGGGUUCAUCGCGGCGUAUAGACGCUUUUCAAGUCGGCGUGGGAUCGCUCAUUCCUUGUUCAGUGACUGUGGGACCAAUUUCCUUGGCGCUGACAAGGAACUAAAGAAGCUCUUCUCGUCAGGAUCAGCUCAAUCAAGACAGCUCGCACAGCUCCUCAUCAAUGAUGGGACUCAGUGGUCCUUCAAUCCUCCAGUGCUCAACUCACGACCACUGGAACCGCUCACGGAUGAUCCUGAUGACUGUUCAGCCUUGACACCAGGGCAUUUUCUCAUCGGUCAGGCUCCCACGACUCUUCCAGAGCCAUCUUUAGAGCAACUCAACGUCUCAAGGCUCUCUAGAUGGCAGCUCAUUCAGCAGAAGCUUCAAGGAUUCUGGAAGAGGUGGUCCACGGGAUAUCUCCAACGUCUUCAAGCGAUAUCCAAGUGGCACCAUCCGACUCAUCAGAUACGGAUCGGCUCACUGGUUCUACUCACGGACGAGAGAUUCCCGCCAGCGAAGUGGCCUCUCGCCCGAGUGACCGCUCUGCACCCAGGAUCGGACGGACUCACCAGGGUAGUCACCAUCAGGACUGCUCAGACGACGCUGACAAGGCCAAUCGCCAAGCUCGUCCUCUUGCCCAUCUCACCUUCAGGGGAAUAG